UCCAUUGAUGAACACUAAACCAUUUUUUACUACGUGUAACUGUGGUGUAGGUACCACAACCAGUAAUCUCACGAUAUUUUAGGUUGUUUUUCAUUGUUUGGGGCGUAACUUCAGCAGUUCAGUUCUUUAUAAUCUUAAAGAACUUCGAAGUGCUUCUUGUGAAGAUUGAAGAUGGAUUAUCAACCAGUCCAGAUGCCGAGCCAUCUGGAUACGGAAUCCCCGUCGACGCAUACUUCAUUUUAUGGGAACCCGUCUCUCAUAUUCUGGGGCUGCUUGGGGUUUAUGUGGAUGGUAUACCUUUGGGAUAGUUACUUAUCUCUGCGGGAGUACUGGACCCAGAAACAUGCCAAAGAAAUUCCAUUCCGUUUACGCGAUUCCAUUACAAAACAGGAAUUUGAGAAGAGUCGUUCGUACACCUUGGAUAAGUCAUCCUUCGGAAUCUUCAUGGGCGCUGUUAGCCACAUUGAAGCAACGCUGAUUCUACUCUUCAAUGGAAUGCCGUGGUUGUGGAGGAAGAGCGGAUAUUUGGUGCCCGGAAACUGGGGUCCCUUGGGACAUCAAAUCAUUCAGACAAUGAUAUUUUUGAUCCUGGCGCAAGUGUAUCAGACCAUUUCAUCGUUUCCUUUUUCGUACUACAAAACCUUCGUGAUCGAGGAAAGACAUGGAAUGAAUAAGCAGAAUUUCUCAUUCUUCAUCAAGGAUCUCAUCAAAAGUUUCGUUGUAUUCCAUUUGAUUAUUAUGAACGUUGUUAUACCGCUAUUAAUUUACGUUAUCGACAUCGGAGGAGAUUACGCAUUCUUUUAUGCAUGGUUAUUUUGCGUUGUUGUGUUUUUGUUUAUUUCUACCAUUUAUCAAGAUUACAUUGCACCGAUUUUCGAUACGUUCAAGCCUGUCCCUGAAGGAGAACUGCGAAAGAAAAUAGAGGCGCUGGCUAACAAACUGAAAUUCCCUCUUCACCGUUUGUAUAUUAUUGAAGGAUCAAAGCGAUCUGCUCACGCUAACGCUUACUUCUUCGGAAUGUUCAACAAGAAGACCAUUGUCCUUUUUGAUACGCUGUUCGGCCCAGAAUAUGGCACAUCAAAGGAAAAAGAAUCUGCUUCCUCUACUGCUGAAGUGGUACCUGAAGUGGCGGAAGGAAAAAUUCAGACGAAAGGGACCGACGAAAGUAAGGCCGAGUCGGCUGUGGCUUGCAGUGACGAUGAAAUUGUGGCAGUAUUAUCCCAUGAACUGGGUCACUGGUCGUUGGGGCAUUAUUGGAAAAACAUCUUGAUUUCCAUGAUAACCAUGCUGAUGUCGUUCGGAAUAUUCGGCAUGCUCUACAAAAACCAGGCUAUUUACGAGGCCUUUGGUUUUCGCAACGAGACUCCAAUUAUUAUUGGCCUCAUUUUAAUUCUGCAGUACAUUUAUUCCCCGGUUAAUGAGGUUUUAAAUUUUGGCAUGAUCACUCUGAGCCGAAUUUUCGAAUUUCAAGCUGACAAUUUUGCCAAGAAGUUGAACGCAGCGGAAGCACUGAAAGAGGCCCUCUUGAAACUGAAUCGGACAAACAAAAGCUUCCCUGUCCAUGACCGACUGUACAGCAUGUUCAAUCAUUCCCACCCGACACUGCAGGAGCGUUUGGAAGUGCUAGACAAGACGGAAUAAUCCGUUCAUUUUGUGGUCUGUCAGUACUUUGAAUGAAUAUACUGUGCAUCGGCACUUGCAUGUUUCUUGACGUAAAGUGUAUCGCCGCUUUUUUCUAAAUCCUUGAUCAGUACGGUAGUGCUUAACUUUUUUUCGUUAAAACCGAGUGUCUGCGCUUAGACUCCAGUGUCCUCUAUUCGAUUUUUAUUUGGCGCCAUUUUAUGCUGAAUCAAUAAAAUACGAUGA